CAUUAAAACUACAAGCAAGCAUUAAUAUUAACACUUGUAAAGUUUUCUUUUCAAAAAGCUAUCGAAAUGACAAAAUUAAUUUUCUUGAAUCUAAUUUUCUACUUAACAGUAAUGCAAUUAAGUUUUCAUGUGCAUGGAAACGAUAUUACUUGUGAAAAUCAUUUCACUGAUAAUACAAUAAAAAAUACUUUUCCGGAUAACUUUAUUUUUGGAGUAACAACAUCGGCUUAUCAAACUGAAGGAGCUUGGAAUGUCGACCAUAAAAGUGAAUCCAUUUGGGAUACAAUGACUCAUGAAAGGCCAGAUAAAAUUGCUGAUGAGAGUAAUGGUGACAUUGCUGAUAAUUCUUACCACUUGUACAAAACGGACAUCGACCUUGUCAAGCAACUUGGAGCAAAUGCAUACAGAAUAUCUAUAUCAUGGACAAGAGUUUUGCCUAAUGGCACCAGCAAUUACGUCAACAAGGACGGUAUCGAUUACUACAAUAAUCUAAUCAAUGAAAUGCUUGAUAGAAAUGUCACACCUUAUGUUACAAUUUUCCACUGGGAUUUACCACAAAAAUUACAAGAUUUGGGAGGAUGGACUAAUCCUAAAAUUGUUGAUUGGUUUGUCGAUUAUGCCAGAGUUUUAUUUCAAGAAUUUGGAGACAGAGUUAAAUAUUGGACAACCUUCAAUGAGCCAAAUAUAUUUUGUCGAUUUGGUUACAAUGGGUUGUUAGCUCCAGGAUUAAACGAAUCUGGUCAAUCAGAUUAUUCUUGCGCACAUCACGCAUUGCUCGCUCAUGCUGAAACAUAUAGAAUGUAUAAAGAAGAAUUUUAUGAAACUCAAAAAGGUACUGUCGGAAUUGUGGUGGCGAUAAUGGUCGAAGUUCCAGAAAACGCGUCUGAUCCUGAAGAAUUAGCGGGAUCUAAAUUGUCUUGGGAUUUCUGGAACGGCUGGAUUAUAAAUCCCAUUUUCUCUAAUGAUGGAGACUAUCCUAAGGCUAUGAAAGAUAGAAUUGCUGAGUACAGUGCCAUUCAGGGCUUUCCUCAGUCAAGGCUACCAGAGUUCAACUCAGAACAGAUUCAAUUGGUGAAAAAUUCAGCUGAUUAUUUUGGAUUUAAUUAUUACUCAGCUUUUUAUUUAAAAAAAAUAGAAAAUUAUGAUAUUAGAAGUAGCGUUUCUAGAGAUGGAGAUAUAGGAAUAACUACGAGCUCAAAAAAAUUUCCUAAAGAUCGGAAUACUCCAUGGGCAAUGGUAGAAUCACUGAAACGUAUAAAUGAAAACUAUAAUAUUCCUUAUUUUCUCAUAACUGAAAACGGCUACUGGGAUAAAGGGACAUUGUAUGACACAGAUAGAGCUCAGUACUUCCUAGAUCACCUUCAAGUGGUUUCAAAUCUUAUAAAUCAAGGUUUAGAUAUUCGCGGGUAUUUUGCUUGGUCUCUUCUCGACAAUUACGAAUGGUCGUUUGGUUAUACGCAAAAGUUUGGAUUAUUUGCAGUUAAUUACACAGACCCGAAUCGCCAAAGGACACCGAAAUUUUCGACUAAAAUAAUAACUAAAAUUUAUAAAAUGAAAACAGUGCCUUCUUCUAUUUGCGAUAGUAAUGAGCAAAGCCAGAACAAAACCAAGACACACUCAAAUACUUCUAGUCGUUUUCUUGGUUUUGAUAUGGCGUAUUUAGUCUUGGUCAGUAUUGGUCUUGCUUAUUUAGUCUAACUUACUUUUUGUGUCAUUUUGAUAAUUUUUUAAUGUUUAUUUAUAAAUAUGAAAUAUAAAUGAUCAUCAAUUUAUAUCUAUAAUUAAUU